AUGGAUGACCCGGAAGAGGAGCUCAAAGAUGAGCUAGGAGACGCAGACGAGCUGGUCGUCGCUGAUGGUGAGGACGAGCUAGCAGUCAUGUUGGUUGAGCCCAAAAUCGUAGGAGAAGAUGGCCCACUGUCCAUGCUUGAGUCAGAAGAGCUGGACUCAUGUUGCUUCUGCAAAGGAACCGUGGGUGGUGUGUCAAAUACUGGCCAGUUUUGA